UCACAUUUAAUAUUGAAAUAUUUGCCAUUAUAGGAGAUGGCGCGGUUAGUAAAGAUGAAUUCAGAUCCUAUUUACAAGAAUUUAUGGCAAAGUUACAAGACCCCGAGGCUAUGCUGUCUGAGGCAGUUGAUACGAUGAUGAAGGUGAUUGACAAAGACGGCAACGGACUUUGUAGUAAAGAGGAAUUCAAGGCUUUUGUACAAGAGAAAGGCGAAACUCCUCUGAAAGACGAAGAAGUUGACGAGUUAUUUAAUGCCGUUGAUACAGAUGGUGAUAAAACAACACUCACUAGAGAUGAAUUGUUGACAGUUUUAAAGAUUGGAUUACAAGCGAAUCAGCAGUCAAGGCAAUCAUAGACAGACACCAGGGUGUUCCACGUUUCCCCCCUCCCACCCCUCGCGCUCAUUUUCAUCAGGCGUAGCGCGUGGAA